CGUCGCUCCGCGGUAGCUACGGAGAGAGGGAUGGCUCUGUUGUAGUUAAAAGACACUUUUGUGCACUUUCCCGUGCAUUUAGGACAACUUUCUGUCAUGGCAGUCUGUUGGGUACGCUUAUCAGUCGUUUGGGCAACGACUCAACCAAGUUUAAACGCUUGUCCAUCCACGUUUUGUUGCUACUAGUGCAUUGAUCUAUCUUGGCAUGACAGAUAAAGAUUAGUUAGCAUGCUAGCGAGCUAGCCGCCCAGCCUCAGCAUCGCACAGCGACCACGCCUGCCAGUGACAGUGUGACUGCAGGUGUCUAGUCAGACAUGGGGAAGUUACAGAGCAAGUUUCGCAAGAGGUCCGAGCUUUACAGAGCAUCUCAAGGGGAGAAGGCAGAUAGUACCUUUGACAGUCAGGUGGUGCAGUAUGAACCUGCCCAUCAAGGAUCCAUCAGCUCUGUCACAAAUCUCAGCCCAGAUCUGUGUGUUUCUGGUGGGAGUGAUCAGGCUGUGGUGGUGUAUGACUGGAAACAAGGCCGGAUGUGUCAGUCCUUCCAGGGUCACAACCGAGAGGUUACCAAGGUGGUGUGUUAUCCAGGCAGUACAUGGAUCUUUAGUGCCUCACGGGACAAGACUGUUCUGAUGUGGGACCUAAACCAAGGGGAUGAACCUAUUCAGGAAUUUUGUGGGCACGAGUUGGUGGUCAAUGGACUAGCUAUCAGCCCUGAUGGGAGAAAGCUGUGCACCGGUUCUCGUGAUAACUGGAUGUGCCUGUGGGAUAUAGAAUCUGCAAAAUGUGAACAGAGACACAACAUCUCUAGAAACCUGGUGACUCAUGUGUGUUGGGUGCCAGGCAGCUCCUCUAUAGUUCAGACCUCUGAGGAUAAGACCAUCAGGGUGUGGGACAGCCGUACGUGGCAGGUGACCAAUACUUUUCCAGCCAAGCAAUACAUCCAGACCCACUGUGACGUCUCUCCAAAUGGAAACUAUUUGGUGUCCAGCAGCAACGGCUUCGGAGGGCAGGGCUGUGAAGCCACGCUCUGGGACCUGCGCCAGCCUGGCUGUAAAGUUGUGGAGUACAGAGGCCAUCUUCAAACCACAGCCUGCUGUGUGUUUAUACCUACACCUCCUGGUGGCACAGCUCAGGUAGCAACAUCCUCCCAUGACAGCUCCAUCAAAAUCUGGGAUCAGAACACAGCAGUUUGUUUAGGGACAUUAUCUCUGGAUGGUGCUGGUCCACUGGUUUAUCUGGCUCCAAAUGACUCCAACAAUCUGCUGUGUGCCAGUUUCAGCAACGGCAUCAACCAUAUCCAGGUGGGCCAGGGAUCAAAUCAGGCUCAAGGUUCUGGGGCAGGUUCAGGUGGGGCAGGUGGCCUGGACAUUAAAGUUUUGGCACGUUUCUGACAGCCCAGAGGAACUUGGUAUGACUCAUUACCCUGACCGGUGAACAGCCAGUGACUCAGCGAGCACUAUCACUGGAUGUGAAAAUCAUGUCAUUUCUCUUUUCUUUUUUUACAAUUUUGCAUAUUUCUAUAGACAUUUUGCUUUACUAGACUGCCAUACAGUGAAAAAUGACAGAGGAAAUCAGCCAGAAAAGGAAGGGAUGAAAAUGACAUGUACGGACGAUGCACCUUUUGUCCAACAGCGCCAUCUGUAUGCCCAACACAUCAGUUCUGCUGGGAGUCUAUAAACACCACAACCAUCAUGCUAAGACUGUUGCCUUCAUGAACCAAGGAUUUGUAUCUAUACAAUAUACACUACUUCAGCUAGGUGGAGCUAAUGAGGUAUUUCAUUCACAUGUUGCAUUGCUGUUAACGGUGGCGCUGAACACAGGUUUAGGGGACAUUUUAAUGCAGCAGGAGUGGUGUUGAAAAUUUGGAACCAUUCUUAGAGCAGGGAAAUCAGCUAUUUGAUCAGUACUUAUCCUUAGUGUGUCGGAGAAAUGAGAGCCAAAUACAAUCUCAUACUAAGAGUAUGUCAUUUGUUUUGAUGCAGUCAGAUUUGCAGUCUUCUUUGUCAAACACUUUGUGGAAAGCUUUUGUUUUUUUUUUUUAUCAUCAAAAUAGAGUAAUGAGGAGCCUGAGUAUAUUGAUAGUAAUGUAACUGUUGAUUAGUUUGUACUCUAGCUUUAACCUAUUAAGUGUUGGACCAAAUGUAUGUAAGUAUGUACGAUACAGGACUGUAUGAACAUGCUUUGUUUUUAGGUAGAUUUUAAUUGAUAAUGGUUUUUAAGAUACAGAUUCUGAUAUUUUUAAAGUGAAGCUGCUGAUAGCUGAUGUGCCGAUAUCCAGUAUAUUUAAAAUUGAAAAUGACUAUGCAAAAUACUGGCGUAAUUCCCUUUUUGAUAAACUACUCUUUGAAUAAAUAAAUGGGAAUUCAAAAAAAUAUUGAAAAAUAUAUAAAUAAAUUGCAAAUAAAGCUGCUUAACCUGUAAAUAUAUAGCCCGCUACCAGUUAGGUACUUAAAAUAUUUGACACGUUUUUGUUAGAAUUAGCUAUCCAGACCUGCUGUGGUUUAGCUAGCAAAUGCUAAUGUUCAUAUUAACAGCCUUAAGUGAAUGAAUUUGGCUGCACAUUACAUUCCUAUCUGAACUGAUCACUGUCAGGACAUACGGUGAAAUAGUCUUCAAUUUGAAGUAUAGCUUUAAUACUGAACACUAAGCUGCUUAAAAAUGACAUAAUUUACCUUUAGUAUCUGCAGCCAGAGGAAUAAAAUGAACAAGUUGACAGAUGGAUCAGAGUAAUGCACUCUCAGGUGAUUCCAAAUGCACUUAUGGACUUUAAUCUGAAAGCAUCAGUUGGUUUAGCACCUACCUACUGAACUUAACUACAAUAAGAAAAGUCAGUGUGAUGUGUGACUUUGUCAUACGGUGCUGAUGAGUCCACGCUUAAUAAUUCAUUAUUUUUCAUAGGGAAUACUACAAGCCAGAGGAAACCAAAGGUGAUCAGACAUUUCAUUUUGUUAGAGGUUACUGUCUGGAUCAUUUGUCACUAAACAUCAGCAGAUGAUUUGAUUGUAUCUACUUGUGUUGAUACAUUAUGACAACAACACAACAAAUUAGGCAUUUUAAAAUAUCUAUAGAGAAUAUUAAAAUGUAUUAUUCCACUUACAUAUUUGUCAGACCUUUUUCACAGCAGCUAUUUUGACAUGAAAUAGUAGGUAAACACAGGUGUGCCUAAUGACUUUAAUAAAUGUUGUUCUAUUUAGGUACAGAGCCUUAAUUAAUGUGAUUAGUAACACCUGUGUUACUAUAUACAUAUAUAUGUAUAUUUAUAUUAAGAGGAUCAGCUAAUAUCGUGACUUAUGCAUACACCUUUUGAGGGUAUUUUCAAAUUUUUAUGUAUGCAGGCAAGAUUAGUGCCUCAAUUGAGAGUCAUCUAAUUCCUUUUUUUUAAAUCGAAAUAAUUCUUAUUAGUACUAUAUAAAAACACAGACACACACACACUUUGCAGGGAAAUCACAUGUGCAUGACAUUAAUGAUGAAUCAGAAAGCGGAAGACUUUCAGUCAGACAGUGGUGUUUAAUUUAUUCAAAUCUGGACCUCAUUUUCACUCUGACACAAAAAAGAAUCAGUUACCCAUCAACAAGUUUUCAUAAAGACUCACACACAAAGUAGACAUCAGCAGGCAGAACAGUUUGGCGGUUGCCACAUCACUGAAGUACAGAAAUAUUCAGAUAAAAAAGGUCUAUAAAUGUUAAUUGAUGAAAUAAAAUAAAAAAAUCUAUCUGCAUCUACUCAAAAUUCAAGUUACAAAUAAUUGCCUUAAAUUAAUUAAAAAUAAACAUUAUUGGCACAGUAUAUUAUAAAAAGCAGGCUAUGUGGAAUAAUAGGAAUAAGUAGGAUACAGUACAUUAAAUUAAAGGAAUUACAAGUCAUUCAGACGACAGAAAAUAAAUAUAAUUUGAAUGAAGAAUUAAAUCCGGAGCUGAGAUGUGUCAAUGCAACACUGGCAUCCUUCAGCAUCUGAGUGAUAACAACAAGUGGUUCAUCAGUAGGUCUACAGCUAGUGGCAACUUUAAGUAUACAGUGUCUCUUCCAUGAUAUUUAAAGGGAAGGUUAAAACCUUCCUCUUGGAGCCUUUGGAGAGUUCUCAAGCUGGUUUUUGUCUCAGAAACUGACAUUUUUGUUGUGCUAAAAAUAAGAAAACUGUAAGAGCACGUGUGAGCAAUUUGAAGAGAAACUUUCUCAUUUCUGGUUCUUUUUUUCUCUUGAACAGAUUUCAAGUGUCUAAAACACAAGAUCAGAUAAAUACCCCUCAAAAUCCUGAAUCUCUUGAGAUUCUGAACCAACUGAGGUACAGUAUCUCACGUUUGUGUUUGAAAUCUGAUACAAUAAUGACUGAGAGCCUGACAACAUUAAGAUCACCUGACUCCAACUACAUUAGUGCCAUGCCACUGGAAAACUGGGUAAAACCUUCCUUCAUACAACAUACAUGAUUAAUUCUAAUCACUUAACACCUUCACAUAUCACACAUGCUGUCAUUAUUUUAACAUACACAGGUACCUGGCUACGGGGGGGGGGGGUAACCACACACGACAAGUCACCAGGCUAAAGCCCCUCUCUCAAGUCAGCUUCACCUCUUCAAAAUAAUGGAAAAAAAAAGACAACUUUAAUUUUACACAUUUUGAAAUUUGCCAGCAAGUCAGAGAUGAUAACAUAGACAGCAUGGCUCUGAUGGAAUGAGAAAAAAAUUCAGAGGGUUUAUGUCCAGUUUGGUCUUGAAAUGUGGAACAGCCCUCGUAAAUGUGACUAUUUGGUCUACACAGUACAGUGUCAGUGCAAAUGUAAACAGCAAUAGUACAAGAAAAUAAGACUCAUUAUACAAAGCCCUAAUAUAAUUAACAUGGGGCUAAUGCAUCACAUCACAAAUCACAUUUUGGAAGGGCUCUCUACCUAAGCAGCAGAGGUGGGAGUAGGUCUCAAGUCUCAACACUCAUGUCUCAAUUUACUGUAGAGUCUGGAUCUGUGACUGCAAGCCACCAACUGCUAAAAUUGUUAUUCGUUUUAUGCAAAAAGUACUGAACUGAUUUGCACCAAACUUGGUGGAGGGAUAGGGCAUGGGCCAGGGAAGAACCAAGAAUCCAAUUAAAAGGGGCGGAUACAGGAUUUUUUUUUUUUUUUUUUAAUCACUUUCCUCUGUGUGUUCUACUGAGUGCCAUUCCAGUUAUUACUCUUAAAAGAAAGUCAAUUGUCUCAAGUCAUGAAUACCAAGUCAAAGUCAAGUUGAGUCUUUUAUCAUUGUUAGUCAUCAAAUGUCAAGUCCUCAAAUUUGUGACUUAAGUCUGACUUGAAUGAAGUCAUGUGACUCACAUCCCCCACCCCUGCUAAGCAGUCAAUAACAUUUAUACAAUGUAACAUAACGUUAUAGGCAUAAAAACAUAGCAUGCAAGAAAAUCCAAGCUUACUUUGGCUGUUAUGAGCUACCUGGGUGGUUUACUGCAGGGGACAAACCGGACAUGUUUAGGUAGGAUAAGUACAUUUUUUUAAACUCAGAAAUUUACAAACAACUGAUACACAUUAAGAUAACCUGCAUUCAAAAAUUUUACCCUUUUUUUUGUUGAAUUUUGCUGGUAUUGAGCCUGAAAGGCAAGUCAACCGGACUAAUGAGAAUCCUAAAUCAGCUGUUCGACUGAGCGCAUGAAAAACCACAUGUACCGGUAAUUAUCAGAAUAUGCUGAGAAAUAGCCAGAGUCCAUAUGUUUGUACCUCAUAUUACAGUGACGCAACACUCCCCUUCUCCCAAGAACAAUGUUGACAUUGCACUCUUACAACUGAGAGAAAGUACUUCCCACAGUAUCUCACUCAUACUAAUAGUUGCUGCACGGUUUGUUAAUCUGAGUGUUAAAAGUAUAAACACUGUUUUUUUUCUUUGGCCUCAAUAGUGUCAUGAGGCAACUGUGAGAGCCCUCUGGUCAUUUCAACCAUCCUCCAACAUUACCGACUUGUGUUCGGCUUUAGUCAGUCUUUCUCAUGAGACACUGAAAGCAACAACUUCCACAAGUUGCACAGCAUUAGGGUCAUUUGUAUAAAAGCACGUGUUUACAGAGUCCAGAUUCUAUAAAUUGAAUUUACAUUGAGUGUUCAAGGGGGAAUAUGAAUAGAUGAAGAUGUGAUAUAGUGAAGUAAGGCAGGAAAAAAAACACUAACAGGGCUCAGCCUCUUUGGACAAUACAUGAUGAGAAGUAUAAAAAAUAAUGGCAGAAAUAAUAGUUAUAAAAAGAAGUCCACCAAACUAACAAAUGAUGGCUACAGUAAUGCACACCAAGCAUGUGUCUAAAGCACUGUUUUUAACAGAAUGAUAUAAUGUGUGAAUAAGUCAGGCUCGUCGGAGAUCUAUCAUUCAAUUAUUGGUAAUAUAUAUCAUAUACUAACAUGAAUAAAUUCAGAAUAAAGUACAGCUGUUUCUAAAGCAGGCUAAAAUGGGGUUGCACAAACCAAAUUAAGACACUGAUCCCAUUUAUACCUGACUAAAAUCCAAUCCUACAAUAUGAAUUUGUAUUGAGAAUCCAAGCCAGUGUGAUAGGACUCAAAAAGUUAUUUUUCUUCACCAUUUUUGUGGAUAAUUAGCUAGUGCAUUAACACAUUUAGAUAUUUAAAAUGCCCAAUUCAAACUUUAGAAUCAACAAUUACAGUUCAAAUCUGUACAGUAAUUCUAUGCCAGUAUCGAAAUUAUGAAUGAAAAGCUGGAUUUAGUCUUGAUCUGAGUCAGAUACAAAUCAAAUUUUGCAAUUUCAACAUGAUGCAAAAACACAAGUAUAAGAUACUGAGACGGAUUUGAAACCAUAUCUGAAAAACUGUCAAGUGACUCAAAGAGACCAAGAUGUAAUUUUAAUAUACUUAAUAUCUCAUUUCCAAUUCGAUAUAUGUGUUGAUUGAGUCCCUGAGAUAUUGCUGUCUGUCUGCAUUUUCUCCAAGUCUGAUGGUGAUAUCUUAAUAGUGCUUUUUCAAUCCACAAGCUUGACACACUCACUCACACACACACACACAUACACGCAUUUGCACACACAUUCCAGUAGGUUUCCCAGAUGCUUUUGCUUAUACACCAUACACAUAAGAAAAGGAGGUCCUGAUGUCAAACUAUUUUCCCUAUGGAACUGUGACAAAAUGAAACAAACUCGAUCUAUAUAAUUUCAACAUUUUGGAUGGAAAUGGAAUAAAUAAAUCUCACUAUGGACAACUA